AUGAUUGAGAGUGGAGAAGAAAUGCUCAAGACUCUUGAUGGCAUGUUUGCUACUUCUAGAAGUUUUGCUAGGCUGAAUACACUAACUAUGGUCACCAAAAUUGUGAUGAUUGGAGGAAGUGUGCGGGAUCAUUGUUUGACAAUGAUAGUAAACUUCAAACGAACGGAUGGCCAUGGGAUUAAGUUUUCACAUGAGGUAAAAGUUGAACUCUUUCUACAAUCAUUGCCUGAAUACUUCAACCAAUUCAAAAUGAAUUAUAACCUGAACAAGAUGAAUCUGGAUUUUACUCAACUGAUGCACGAGUUUGAGAGUGCUGAACGGUCUUUGAUCAAGAAGAGAAGUGCAUUUUUUGCUGCUGAGAGUUCUAUUAAACCUAAGGGGGAAGCCUAA